AUGGCUGACUUGUUGUAUGGUUGUGUUGGUGUUGAUGGGCGAAGAAAAAGGAAGCAAAGAGAGUUUAGGAGCAUCGGUUUCACGAUAGAUGGAUAUACAGACGAAGAAUUAAGAGCAAGGUAUCGCUUUGGAAAGGAGUCUAUAGAGUAUAUUACCGACCUUUUGGCAGAUAAUCUUCGUCGUAAAACCAACCGCAAUCAUCCUCUCUCCGCUCUCCAACAAGUCCUCAUUGCUUUGCGCUUCUACGCAAGUGGCAGCUUCCUUCAAGUGGUGGGAGACACCGUUGGUGUUAACAAGUCGACAGUGUCACGAGUGGUGGCAAAUGUAUCCCUGGCACUUGUCGCUAGACAACAAGAGUAUGUCAAGUGGCCAAGACAACAGCAAGAGCUGGGCAGUUUAAAAACUGCCUUUUACCAGCGAGGACGAUUUCCCUGCGUGAUCGGAUGCGUCGAUGGCACGCAUAUCCGAAUCCAAGCGCCCAACAAGAACGAGAACAGCUACGUGAACCGUAAAGGUUUCCACUCUAUCAAUGUCCAAGGCAUAUGUAACCACGAAGGUUUGUUUACUAACAUUGUAGCUCGAUGGCCAGGAAGUACACAUGACAGCUUCAUGUUCAGGUCCUCAAAUCUAUGUAGCUACAUAGAGGAAAAUCAUCACUCACUGGAUGAUGGAAUUCUCCUCGGGGACAGUGGGUAUGCAUUGCGCCCAUUUAUGAUGACCCCGUAUAUCAACCCAAGCACCCCAGCUCAAGUUGCUUACAAUGAUGCUCAUUGUAAAACAAGGGUAAUCAUUGAACAAACUUUCGGCCGCUGGAAACGUCGCUUUCAUGUUCUCCAUUCUGAAAUUCGUAUGGCUCCAGAAAAAGUGUGCAUCAUCAUUGGUGCAUGUGCUGUUUUGCACAAUAUCGCAAUUUUCCUCAGUGAGCCAAUGGAGGAUGGAGAUGUUGGUGGGGAAGCAAAUGAGGAUUAUGUGUACUGUGGUCCUAAUCAAGGACAAGCUGUCAGAUAUCACAUUACUCAAACCUAUUUCAGCUAG